CGUGAACUAAUGUGCUGCUGACUUGCAGGCAGGUACUGCUGCCGCCAUGUCCAGUUUCGAAGACGCAGACACGGAAGAGACAGUGACGAGUCUGCGGGUCACCAUUUACCAUCCUGGCCAGAUGCAAAAUGGGAUAUUCCAAUCGAUAAGGUUCUAUAACCCAGAGAAGCUCCCGUCCAGUGAAGUGGUGAAAUUUGGCCGGAAUUCCACCAUCUGUCGCUACACUUUUCAGGACAAGCAGGUUUCGCGAGUUCAGUUCUCCCUGCAGCUGUUUAAAAAGUUCGACAGCUCCGUUCUCUCUUUUGAGAUCAAGAACAUGAGCAGGAAGACCAGCCUGCUGGUGGACAGCACGGAGCUGGGCUACCUGAACAAGGUGGAGCUGCCCUACAGGUGCAUGGUCCGCUUUGGCGAGUACCAGCUCCUCGUAGAGAAGGAAGACGGGGAGUCCCUGGAGUUUUUCGAGACUCUGUUCGUUAUGUCCCCCAGGCCUCUCCUGCAGGAACACGACUGGCCCGCAGGCAAGCCCACCCCCGAGUUCUGCAGGUCCUCGUUGUGGUGCACCCAGAGCACUUCCCUGAGUGCUUCUCCGAGGGAAAUGGAUGAGAAUGAGUAUUAGCCACAGGCAAGAGCAGAGGCGGACGGAGCGCUCUGCGGACGCCACUGACUGCGUUUACCUGCAGCCAGGCUGUCACCUGCUGAUGCCGUGGAGUCUGGGACCCGGGGCUGCCGUUCCGAAGCCUGUAAUUCAUGGGAGGCACCGACUCGGUUGCCUGGUGCGUGGCUGGAUGUACUGAGGGUUCAUCCACGUGGCGUGUGGUGAUGGAGUGAUGACCAAUAGGGUUGUAGUGUUUUCUCUUUACACCUGAUGUUAGUCCUGUGCUUUGUUUUGUAAGAACCACCUCCAGGUCACAUGAUCUCACAGCAGCCACUGGUUUUAAGGCCAAGGCUACAGGCAGAUGGUUGCCAAUGCCGCACGCAGCCUGCUGGUUGUCGGGCACCGGCCUGGAGGGGAGCGUGUGUGUUAGUGCCUGCGCAUCGCUGUGGCUUUAAUGUGGGAGCUUAUCUGAGCUAAUACCUUGACUUCCGACCGAUGGGAUUAUAGUGUGUGUCUGUUCUCAAGAAUAAAGUUCUUGUCUGUAAUCAGCACCUAAAAACAGCACUUAAAACAUUUUAUUGAACCACUGUGCUAAAUGCAAAAGUAUGUUUGUUUUCUUACCCAAUUUUAAACUGAUCUUUAUGUCCUAUUCAAAUGUUUAAUUCCACGAAUUCCAAAUGUCAACAGCACCUACGCACCUAAUAAAAUCUGUUUAAUUCUCCAA